AGAGUAACUUAUUUGCAUAAACCACGACUUAAAUCCAAUGGGAACAACCACCUUCAGUGAUACAAAGAAGUCAGUGGCAGUCAACUCCUCUCGAGUUGGGAACAAAUACGACCAAAGAGAACUUUAUUUAUGUAGGCCUAUUUAUUACUUAGUUAUUAAGACUAUUUAUUUUCCGCUGAAGCAAUCAAUUAUGAGUUGCCGAAAAAUUAGAUUAGGAAAUAUAUGCAUAAUGCUGUUGACUGUACUCCGUACGGUGCAAUGUACAACAUUGGAGUACAAAACGUAUGAGGAGGAUGCUCCCGGAACGGAGAUUGGGAGCCUGUCUCAUGAUCUGAAGAUAGAACCGGGGAACAACACGCAGAGAAGUUUUCGCUUUAUGGAAGAAGCAAACUCGUCACUGCUUAACUUGGGACCUACCGACGGACUUCUAACAGUCAGAGAGGUCAUCGACCGGGAGCAGCUCUGCACUCAGUCAGAGCGAUGCCUCAUCAACUUUGACAUUGUCGCCUUCUACAAAGAAAAGUAUCAGCUAAUUCAUGUGGAAAUCGAGGUGAUAGAUAUAAAUGACCAUUCGCCGCGCUUCGCGCACAAUGAAUCACAUUUAGAAAUUUCAGAGAGUUUGGCCGUGGGCACAAGAUUCCCAUUGGACAUUGCAGUGGAUCAGGAUGUCGGUAACAACUAUAUUCAAACUUAUGAAGUUUCUUCGAACAACCAUUUUGGAAUUGAAGUGCGUGCCAGGGAGGACGGAGUUAAACACGCUGAGCUUGUACUCUUACAAGCAAUGGACAGAGAAACAGAGGACGCCUAUUCAAUUCAAGUGACCGCAACAGACGGCGGAAGUCCUCCCAGUUCGGGAUCCAUGAACGUUCACAUUAAAGUACUCGAUUCCAAUGACAACAGUCCAGCGUUUGAGCACAGUUCAUACAAAGUCGAGCUUCACGAGGACGCUCCCAUCGGUCUUCUUCUGUUAAAGGUGAAGGCGGUCGACCCUGACGACGGCAUUAAUGGUGAGGUGGUGUAUGCGUUUGUCAAAGACUCACCAUCCGAGAUUACGCGAGUGUUUAAAAUAGAUCAGUUUUCUGGCGCCGUGACUUUAAAAGCUGCAGUUGACUAUGAGACAAGGCGUUCAUAUGAACUGAACAUUAACGCCUAUGAUUUAGGCGUAGACUCAUCCCCAUCCGUCUGUAAAGUCUUUGUGAAAGUAACCGAUGUAAACGACAACGCGCCAGAAAUCCGCAUUAAACCAAUGACAUCAAUGACUGAUGGAGUGGCCUGUAUCACCGAGGCCGCAGCUACGGAGAGUUUUGUGGCUUUAAUCAGAACCUCGGACAGAGAUUCCGGUUCCAAUGGGAACGUGCGCGUCCAUUUACAUGGGCACGAGCAUUUCAAGCUCCAGCAGGCGUAUGGUGGUGCCGUCAUGAUUGUGACCACCACGACUUUGGACAGGGAAAGAAAUCCAGAAUACAAUUUGACAGUGGAAGCUGAAGACCUGGGGGUUCCCCCCUUCAAAACCAUAAAGCAAUACACGAUUAGAGUAAGUGACGAAAACGACAACGCUCCCCUUUUCAGCAAAUCAGUUUACGAAGUUUCCGUUAUCGAAAACAAUUCUCCUGGCUCUUAUAUUACAACAGUUGUGGCACGCGACCUUGAUAUAGGUGAUAAUGGAAAAGUCGUUUACAGGUUAAUAGAUAGAGACGUGUUAGGAGGAGUGCCUUUAUCGACUCUUGUCUCUGUAAACCCAGUGACGGGAUCUUUAUAUUGUGUGAGAUCAUUCAAUUACGAAUUACUAAAGCUCUUGGAAGUGAACAUUGUGGCCACUGACAAAGGUUCCCCACAGUUAUCAGGUACCGCCACAAUUAGAAUCAAAGUCGUUGAUCAAAAUGAUAAUUCGCCAUAUAUUUCAUAUCCCGUUUUGGACAAUGAUUUUGCCGACGUGCCUAUCCCUUACAAUGCACCUUACGGUUACCUUGUGCUUCAAGUCAAGGCUCGAGAUGCCGACGAAGGCCCAAACAGUGAGCUUAUAUUCCGAAUUUUAGAGGAUAAAAAUAAACUUUUUUCAAUCAACAAAGACAGCGGAGAAAUUGUUUUAAAAUACGGCCUGGCAGUCAUGCCAGGAGAGAUCCUGGAAAUCAAGAUUGCAGUAAGCGACACGGGGAGAUUGCCGCUCUCAAAGAGUGCCACUAUCCGCUUCCUUGUCAGAGAAAUGUUGCCUUCUGAAGAUCGAAUUACUGCCGUGCUGCCGUCAAAUGACGAGGAAUAUUCAAGCUUGGACAUUUCUCUUGUUGUUAUUAUCAUGCUCGGCGGGGGUUGUGCCCUGCUGCUCAUAGCAAUCUUGACUGUUGCCGUCUCGUGCAAGCACAUACGAAACUGCAGAAACCACGAAGACAAGAAAAGUGUCACUCCUGGCCUUUUUGAAAGGAGCUCCCAAAAUAUUCACAACUCAAGGGAUUCCAGUGUGUUGUCCGAAGCUGGUUAUCUGGUCAAUGACCAAACUACGUCAUCGCUGGACGAGUCGAACAGCCUUUCUGAGGAGAGAAGUGCUGACACUGAGACAACGGUUUUCUUUCCUUCAAAGUCUUUUGGUCCAGAAAACCUUCAUAGGAAACCUUUUGAACAAGUAUCCUUAUGGCAGGGAGACAAAUACAGUGCACCAAACAGAGGCCCUGGGAGCACAGAUCAGCUGAGUGUAGAAGACAGCGGAAAAGGAGACAGUGACUUCAACGACAGUGGCUCUGACAUCAGCGAUGGAUGCAGACGGAAUCCCAAGACUUCAUGUCCAUUGGAAAACAGUUCUUUCCACCCUGCCAACACCAUCGCUGUGGCUCAGCAGGGGAGGUAUUGUGUAAUCCCGAAUCUCGCCACUGCCUCCUGCAGGAAUGGAUACACAGUAGCCUUUUCCCAUGCGCCGGUCUACAGCCGUACCUUUGCUAAUCCUGCUUCCUGGAGGGACCGCGGCUAUGGCGCUAAUGUUCCCGAAGCAGUGGGCUCUCACAGAUCGCGGAUGCCUCUGAGGACGACCAUCCCAUCUCCCCAUGUCUACCGCCACAAGAAGGAGACGAUGAUGCAACCAGAUAAUCAGUCCCAUCAGAGCCAGGGUAUUCCAACAGUACACACUCUAUCAGAGGUCGUUUAAACUUCAUUUAACUUGUUAAGCCAUGCUUAUUAAGUAAAGUUGACAACUCUGAGGUGAGGAAUAUUAGAGCAUUCAAUAUUUCUGUGUGCUGUAUCCCUGCUAUGCAACACAGCAACUUUCCUUCUCUUGGAAUGAAUAAGUUAAUUAUUUAAAAUACAACCAUAAUUUAAAAUACAAUUACUUUUUCCUACUAAUAUAUGAUAAAACAUUUUAGUCACACAUUGUACAUUACCCAUGACUGUAAAUAUUUAGGUGUAUAAAAUGUUUAUAUAGAUGUUGUUUCUGUAUAUAUUAUUUUGUAUAUAUUUGCAGUAUUUUCAUAAUCUUUCCAUAAAUAAAUGUAAAUAAAA